AUGUCUUUUGGCGUUCGAUUUGCCGACUGGCUCCGCGGGAUCUUCCAUGGCGCUGAUGCUCGUGUGUGUGUAGCUUUUUGGCUAUUUGGCCUGAUCAACAAUGUUCUAUACGUGAUUCUUCUCUCUGCAGCGCUGGACCUGGUUGGCCCAGAUGUCCCUAAGGGCGUUGUCCUUUUGGCAGACAUCAUCCCUUCCUUCGGUACCAAGCUCAUCGCCCCAUACUUUAUACAUUUCGUGCCCUACUCGAUACGGGUGAUCGUGUUCGUCUUUUUAUCAGUUUUGGGAAUGCUGGUCGUUGCGACAAGCCCAAGCUAUACGAAUGGAGGAACAAUCGGCAUGAAAAUUGCUGGCAUCGUGCUUGCGAGUCUGUCCGCAGGUGGCGGCGAGCUCAGUUUUGUCGGAUUGACCCAUUUCUAUGGACCAUUUAGUCUAGCAGCAUGGGGAAGUGGUACAGGAGCUGCUGGUCUGAUCGGGGCGGGUGCUUAUGCUCUGGCGACCUCGACGCUCAAUUUCUCCGUGCAAGCUACAUUGUUAGCAUCUGCCAUUCUUCCGGCUCUUAUGGCGUUCAGCUUUUUCGUGGUCCUGCCUGGCGGCGCUAUGCAGAUGGAUACCUCUGCUGCACAUGGGUACCGUUCCACAGCGCAGGAGGAGGACACGAUGGACGAAUCUCCGCAUGCAGACGGUCGCGAGGCCGAUUCUGACGAGGAAGAAAGGCCACUGAGAGACCCUGUCCAUGCGGUGGAUGCUUACAAGCCUGUUCACGUCAGAGGAUCGACAACAUGGUGGAGUCAAUUUCGCUUGAACUUUGCACUGCUUCAGGGACUAUUCAUCCCCUUCAUGCUGCCAUUGCUUCUCGUGUAUGUCGCCGAAUACGUGAUCAACCAAGGAGUCAGCCCCACCUUACUCUUUCCACUGGACCGUACGCCAUUUGAAAACUUCCGCGCCUUCUACCCAGCCUACAAUGCCAUUUACCAAGCCGGCGUGUUCAUCUCGAGGUCUUCGACGCCGUUCUUCCGCGUGCACCAUCUAUACAUACCCUCUUUCCUCCAAAUCGUCAACCUUGUUUUGCUGACUGUCCACGCAAUGUUCGAUUUCAUUCCUAACGUCUAUGUAGUGUUCGUGAUCAUAUUCUGGGAAGGUUUGCUGGGUGGACUGGUCUAUGUGAAUACCUUUGCAGAGAUUGCCGACCGAGUCCCUAAACAGGAUCGCGAAUUCUCACUCGGUGCCACGACAGUGAGUGAUUCUGCGGGUAUCUGUAUUGCCGGCUUUUUGAGUAUGCCAUGGGAGGUUCUCCUGUGUCGCUGGCAAGUGAGUCACGGACGGGACUUUUGUCGACAGACAUCACGUUCUAGGAAGACCGUCGACUCGAUUUCGCAAGAUCCAAGUUUUUGCCGUCGUUUCGUUCUGGUCUCUCUAUCUGCUCAAUUUAGGGCCGACAAGCAUGGACCGCCCUUUGUUCGUUCUAUCUCAUCUCGCUUGUCAGGGAAGCUGACCAGUUGGCAAACCACCGUGAUCAUCUUUCUGUGGCUUUACGUGAGCCGCAAUUUUGCCAAAAUCGUGGGUCUUGAAUGCCCCGAGCCUCUGGCAAAUCUUUACUCUCGAUCGUUUUUCCGAGCAACAUGGAUCACGACGGGGCUCGAUGCCGGAUUCUGGACGGCUAUGAAAAUCAAGCCCAAAUGGCUGCGUGACUUGGCAUCGCUCAUAUUUACAGUGUACUAUUUGAUCGCGGCGGAGCAGGCAGAUGAAAAGGUUCGCCGGGUCAGGGGAACGCUCACCCUGGAGCAUCUUCGGGUAUCGUGGAACAAAGCUACGACGCCCUAUCUUUGGUUUCUAGCCAACUUACUGCGCCCGCGCCUGACUAACUAUGGUCCGCGAGCUAUUCGCAUCCCGCGCCCCAAGCAAUCGGCGUAUACCGAGCCGGUCAAUGCUUGGAUGUAUUUUGACGGACCGCUGAGUGCUCUCAAAAGCCAGACAUGUGUUGUCUUGGAUGUGCCCGGAGGAGGGUUCGUGGCGAUGGGACCCCGUCAUUCAGAGGACAAAUUACUUUCGUGGGCAGGCAAAUUGAAGGUUCCCAUUCUGAGUAUCGACUAUCGAAAGGCUCCUGAGUAUGCCUAUCCCUACGCGCUUCAUGAAUGUUUCGACGUUUACCACACCAUCAUGGCCACCAACGGUCGCUGUUUGGGGCUGAACGGUUCCACGCGUCCUCGCGUUGUGGUGACUGGAGAGAGUGCGGGAGGAAAUCUGGCAGUUGGUAUGACCCUGAUGGUCUUGCAGUCGGCAAUGACGCAGGGCUGGCAAGGGGACAACGUCCUACCUCGUCCCGACGGGGUUGUUCUGGCUUACCCGGCUCUGAAUGUGAAGGUUGAAAGCUGGAUGACAGAUGAGCAAAUGUCGCUGAUCCAAGACAAGAGUUGUCGGCAGACGAACAAUAGCGUCUUGCAGCGAAAGCAAGACCAGUAUCGCAAGCUCACGCCAUACACCUCUCCCGGUCAUUCUGUCGAGAACCUGACGGCUCUCACGGCGAAUGGGAGCAAGAAACCGGCCGAGGAACAUGCAAGUCAAUCAGAGGUGAGAGAGAGUGACAUCGCGACCGAGACCAUCAAGGCUCUGCAUGACAAAUUCCAGAAGAGUGACCGGGUGGCUGGUGACACUGCCCCCGAGCCAGUCCGUCACGCCAACCCGCUCAAGACUCGACUGGCCGUCUCGUCGAUGAUUUCAUACGUUCACGAUCGAAUUCUCACGCCUGAGAUGAUGCGGGCCAUGAUUAUACUCUAUAUCGGUCCGCACCAUAGGCCCGAUUUCAACACGGAUUUUUACUUGUCCCCUGUUCUCGCGCCAGACGCUCUGUUGGCCCAAUUCCCUAAGAUUUAUAUCUUGACUGGCGAACGAGAUCCACUCGUGGACGAUACCGUCAUCUUUGCUGGACGAUUGAGACAAGCCAAACUCCAGCGUUUCCACGAGCGGCAAGAAUUGGGAUUAGAGAAAUCGACUCGCCAGUUCAAUGAAAAAGACCACGUUGAAGUUUCGCUCAUUCCGGGGGUGUCGCAUGGGUUCAUUCAGAUGGCUGGGUUCUUCCCCGAGGCGUGGAAGUACAUCAACCGUAGUGCGCAGUGGAUUGAGGGCUUGCUGGACAGCACGAACCUACAAAGAGAUGAAUACAGCCUUCUCCAGCUCUCCAACAUGUCGAGCUCGAAGCUAUCCAGACGCGGCCUUCAUAUCAACGGGCACGGAAGCGGCAACAGCAUCGACAAGAACAAUAGUGGUCCAACAGCCCACCACCAUCACCGAAAUCUGACUGGAGAAUCAUCCGCCGACGAAGAUCGCCCAUUGGAAAUGAGUAUGAGCAAGAUCAAUGCUCCAGCAGCGGUACUGCCCCCAAUGCCUCCGCCCGGGGUACCUAACGGGUCUCGGCCCAAGUCUCGAUCCCCCUCAGCAUCAACAACAGUAUCGGAGGUACCCCUCCGUCGCAGAAGAUCCAAAUCCUCCUUGGCCUCUUCUCAUCUCCAAGGUCUGACUACCCUCGGACACCAGGAAUCUCGCAACGUGCGUGAAUUCCGCGCCAAGUUGAAGCAAUUGGAGAUGAGUCGCGGCCACGGUGAACAAUCUGAUUUUCCCGAGGGGAUUACUAGUGUACCGGAGACCCCUGCGACAAUGAGAUCGGGGUUGGGGCGCGGUCGAAGUAGAAGUAUCACCUCGCUGGAUAGCGAAGAAGAUAUUCUGGAUCGGAGGAUGAAUGGACUUGCAAGUGGAUUGAUGGGGAUGGGUGACGGGGCGAAGACGCCUGGAUCAUGA